AUGCCUCCCCGACGACGCGCUCGCUCGCCUCCUCAGGCAAUCAGCCGAGUGCUCCCAAGCUGCGGCUGCAAGGCCGUCGGCCGCGCGUGCAGCAUCGUCUCUCGGACCUUGGCCCUUGCCGCCCCGACGCCUUCUCCCUCAGCCCUCCUCAAUCCCUCGCUGUGGCCAGACGUCGCUGUGUCCCCAGGACAGGACAGCCUGAAACCGCGCGCGCCGGGGAUCUGCCUCCAGUGCCAUCAGGGCGCCGCCGCCGAGCUUCUGGGCCGAACAACGUGCAACGUGCCACGGACGACGCACACUCUCAUGGCCCGCGCGCAGAUCUCAGGAGCGGGAUGCACGGUGCGCGGCGCACCCGAGCAGAGCAGCGUCUGCGGUCCACCGCUACGAAAAAAAAAUGCUUUCCGCGGAGGCUUCGAACGGAUUAACUGGGGGGCGGGCGCUGAGGACGAGUUUCAGAGUCCAGACUCGAGAUGCCCCCGAGGGCCUGUGCGGCCGGCGGCCAUCGUGCCGUCGUUUCGGGCCCUGCGACUGCCCUGCGGCGCAAUAAGCUUGUGCGAGGCUCCGCCCCGAUGCCGGCUGCGCGGACGCAGCAAAGGCAAAGUGCAGAAUCGUGGUGAUGGGGGAGAGCUGGCGUGGGCAGGCGCCGCGCCCGAAGCUUCACGAAUCACGGCGCGCGAGACGGCGCGCAAAUUCGUCUGGCGGGCACACGGACCGGACCGUCAUAGAUGCAUGGUGCCUGAUGGCCGAUUUUACUGGAGGAACGGCGGCCGACGGACGACGGAGCGACCGUCCCCUUUGAAAGACAGAACACUCGGCGGACUCCCGUCGUGA